AUGGCUAGUUUGCAGUACUUUUGUGAUGAGGUGAGCAUUGGUGUGAGUGAUUUGAACCGUAUGAAAGCUGGUGAAGUAGAUGAGGUUGUAAUUGUGAAAAGAGGAUUGGAGAGUUUGAGAAAUGGAUUUGUGUUUGGUUUGUGGAAUGAACUGAUGGCUGAGGAGAGGAAGGUGAGUUCUCGGAAAGAUGUGUUUGAGAAAAUGAGAGAGAUCGUGUGUAAGUAUUUUGUGUAUGAGAAAAGUGGGAAAGCGUUUGAGUGCAAGGUGUUACGCAUGAUUGCUGCAUGGAAACGUAGUUACAAGGAUAAGGCAAGUAAGGAACGGUUUGUGAACUUGAUGGAGAUGUGCUUUUGUGAGAGUGAGCAUACUGAGAAUGUAGAAGGAAAUGUUGAUGAAGCCAGUACUUCAAGUGAGAUGAGGGAAAGGGAUGAAGUUCAGAAACUGAGAAUGAAAGUUCAAGAGUUUGAAAGAAAGUGUGAGGAAAAUUUGGCCCUCAAAGAUGCAAUUCAUGAAGUCAGUGAGGAAAAGAAGAUGUUGGUGGAGAAAUCAGAGGUUGAGAAAAAGAGAGUAGAUGAGCUUGUAAUGGAAGUAGAAAAGUUGAAAGCAGAAAAGAAAGUGACACGUAUGCAAGUAAAGAUGAUGAAGAGAAGAGAGAAACACUCAAGCGUCAUCAUGGAGAAGGUAAGAACAAAGAGUAGAAAGAGAUUGAAGAGGUUCAGAGAAAUUGAGCGUCGUUUGGCGGAAGCUGAUGUAAGGAUGAAGGAAAAGGUAGAGCGGGAGAAAUGUAAGACAAAGAGAGAAUAUCAGUUGAAAGAAAAGAAUCUGAGGAGAGAACUUCAAUGUAGGUGUAAAGUGAGUGUAGGUGUAGCAGUAGCUAAGUUACAGUGUGAGAUGAAGAAAAAGUUGAAUGUGCAGAAACUGCUAUCAAGAAAGAACAUGCAUGUUAAGAGCUUGAAAAAGAGUGUGAGGGAUUUGCGUACAGAACUAAAGGAUGAAAAAGAGGAAUGCACAAGGUUGAUGAAUGAGAAGAUGGAAGCAGAGGAGAAUUUUGAUGAGAGAUUACAAGAGCGUGUGAAUGAGUUUUUGAAUUCUGGUGUAUGUACUUUCAAGAACGGAAUGUAUCAGGAUUGUGUUCGCGAGGUGUAUCAGGACUUAAUGACGAUGAAUGUGGGUGCGAAGAAUGUCGAGCAUGUGAUUAGAACUGUGUUGUGCAAGCUGACUACAAUGGAUGAGAGAGAGGUGAGACUGCCGAAAGAGACGUUUGCGAAGACCAUGCUGCUUGAAGCUCGAGCGUUGGCACAGAUGCAAUGCGUAUCUGAGGUAACCCAUAGUGAUGGCCCUGUCACUUUGUGUACAGAUGCUACAACAAAGUGGGGCUAUCACUAUGGCACCUAUGAUAUGUCAUUGUCAUCUGGGAAGAUGCUAACGCUCGGGCUCCGACCAAUGGUGUGUGGUAGUGCUGAGAAAACGUUGGAUGGGUUUAAGGAGAUUGUGGGUGAUAUUGUGAAGUGUGCUAAAGGAGGGAGUGAAAAGGUGAAUGAAAUUGUGCGACAAGUGAGGAAUACAAUGAGUGACAGGCAUGCAGUAGAGAAGAAGUUUAAUGAGAUGCUGAAAGAGUACAGAGCAGAGAUCUUGCCUAAGGUGGUUGAAGGCUGGAAUGAAAUGAGUGAGGAAACAAGAACGAGCAUGAAAGUGAUGAACAAUUUCUUCUGUGGCAUGCAUUUCGUUGUGGGUUUAGCUGAUCAAGCUGCGGUGUGUCUGAAAGUGUGGGAGAAAGAUGUUCUUGGUGAGAAAAAGGUUGGAAGUACGAGUUUGCCAGGCAGCAGUAGCAGUGGUGGUUGUGGGGGAGAGAGAUUAGUAAGGACAGUAUGUAAGAGUGUGCAGGAAAGAGCGUGUGAGAAGUCUGGUAAGCCAGUGUAUUUUCGUGUGUUCCUGGAGAGCGAAUGCGGAAUGGAUGUGGUACCCCUUGCACCAUUUAGAGGCAACAGAUUCAACAUCUUGUUUCAUAAUGGUGCAGGGGUGUAUCAUCUCUAUCCGCAUUUGCUCGAGUUUUUUGACCGUGUGAAGAAUGAGAAUAAAUUGAUGCGAGCUGUGCAUGAAGAUUUGAAAGUGGAUGAGUACAAGACUGAGGUGCGAGCUUUGGGGUUGAUAGACAAGAUUGUGACAGGGCCUCUGUGGAAAGUGUUGAAUGUGAAGGAACAUGUGAGUGGAAUGAACGAGCGCUAUGAGCGGAUGAUCAAGUGUUUUGAGAAGUGGACUGAAGAUGCAAGUGAGGUUGUUCAUGGUGAGGUAAGGAUGUUUUAUGAUGUUAAGGUUGAGGUGGACUCUGUGUACGACAGCUUGGUGAAACCGUGUGAGAACGAUGCUGCAUGUCAGGAAGUCCUUCAGUGUAUGUUUGGUGUGUUUGUUAAGCUGGGAAAAAGGAUGUUGGAGAGCCAGAUCAGUGGUGGAAUGUUUGAGAACAUGGACGAGCAAAUGAUGUAUGAGACUAGAAGUGUUCCAAGGACGAAUGUUGAUGUGGAGCGAGAUUUUGGAAUGUUUGAUAGAUUGUUAAGGGAGAAGCCGAGAGCGACAGAGUAUGCGAUUGAAAGUUUAAUUAUGUGCAGGAGAAAUAAGAUGAGUGAGUGGCGAGACAAGCUGUGUGAAGAUGAGAAGAGCAAGAUGAUGAAGAUAGCGCAGGAGUCAGUGAGAGAGCAAAGGAAAGAAAUGUGUGAAAGGCGAACUAGACGGUUUGAAGAAAGGGAAAAGACUAUGCGUGAGAAAAAGGAGGGUGCUGAGAAGCGAGAGCAGCGAGAGCGAGAAGCUAUCAGAAAGAUUGUGCUAGAUAUGAAUAGUGAUGGGCCUUUGUGGUUGAGUGUCAGUGAUAUGGUGAAAAGUUUGCGAGGUAAGAGUGAGAAAGAACAGGAACGCCGCGUGAAAGUGCAGAUGAGAUACAGGAAGAAAGUAAUGAAAGAUGAGCACUCGAAGGAUGGUCUGCUGAACAUGUCAAGUGGGGGAAAGCAGCUGAGUGUUAAGGAGAUGGUAGAAAACAUGAAGAAAGUGCUUGGUGUAAGUGAUGAUGAACAUACAAAUGAGGUAGGUGUGAUGGAUGAUGUGAGCGAAAGUGGUGGUGGGGAUAAUGAUGAAGUAAUGGAUGCAAAGCGUGCCAGGAGGAGCUUGAAAAUUGAUGAGAUGAUUGGGCGUUUGUUGGUGCAUACAACAGAAUGUGAUGGUGUGAAGGAAGAGACUGUGUGUGUGAUACUACAGAAGAGAAGAGGGAAGUAUGUGUUUAAGUAUGAUGGAUCAGUGGAUAAGUUUGAGUACACGAAGGCAGAGGUUCAGGAAGAUUUAGAUAAUGGUGAUUUGGAGGAAGUAGAUGUAAGUGUCAAGGAGGCAAUGGGUCGUGACAUUGAGUAUAUGUGGCUGGAUGAUGAUUUGAAUGAGAUGUGGUACAGAGGUCGAGUAAUUGAUGUGGAGGGUGAUGAUAAAUGUGUUGUCGCAUAUGAACCAGUGGAAGGUGAUGAUAGUGGUGAUGAUGAUGACUCAACGUGUGAAGUUUUGGUAGAGAAUUUAAUUGUUGAUUACAGGAAGCGUGAGCAAUUGAAAAUCGCAACUCCAAGUUUUUCGCUGCCACCAGGGCCCGAUGCUAGUAAGUGGGAUGCAGAAGUAGCAAGUGGGAUGGCAAUGGAUGCUGAAGUGAUGGAGUAUAUGCCUGCUACAGUCUCUUCAGGGAUGAUGCUUGUGCCUUAUGAUCAACCCAUGUAUGGACCUCAACUACCUGGACUAGAAGCCGGCAAUGUUCACAACAACAGUCCGGUUCCGGCCAACUUCAUGGCAGGGGACAGUGACUACAGUCUGAAUACUGAUGUGAAAGAUGUAAAGGCUAGUCGCGGCAUGUGUGGCCUUCGCAACAUGGGCAAUACCUGCUUUAUGAACUCUGGCCUUCAGUGUUUGCUCCACAACGCCAGCCUGGUUCAGCACCUCCUCAAGAGUGACCACCUUCCACCAGAGACAUUGACUGGAAGGUUUGGUAGCCUUGUCAGUAAAACCUGGAGUGGGGAGUUCUCACUACUACACCCGUCUGAGUUCAAAGAAACUCUGGGGUUCAUGCAUGGGCAGUUUAGGGAUUACCAACAGCAUGAUGGACAAGAGUUUCUGGCACUUCUUCUAGACACUCUACAUGAGGAGCUGAAUCAAGCUAAGUCCAAGAAAAAAUCCCACUCUCCUUUUGAGGACAUUUCAGAAAACUCCAGUGACUCCCAGUACAUGUCUGAAGCAUCCACGUCUAAGCUCAGUGAAUUGGAAGCACUGGAAAUUGACUCGGGUAAAGAGGAGCACAUCCCCCGUAACCAAAACAACCAGCGAGGGAGUGACAAAGACACAGGCUCUACGUCUGAAGAAGGAAGCGCUUCCAGUGAGGAAUCCAAAGUUCCUAACAUCGCAGAGUUUUUCAAGAAAGAUAUGAAGACCCUGAAUACCAACAUGAUGCAGGAGGAGGAGCCGUCGUCAAGCGUUACGACGGGCAGCGAGAAAUUCCCAAAGCAAGAGAACUCCAAGAAAUCUCAAAAGUCGCCUGCCAAGCAGCAACGAUCUCCUCUCAGGAACAGAGUGGAAAACGACUGCGAAAAGCUCAGCUCUCAGCCAAAGAACAAGAAGACUAAUCUCUUGGUUGCCAAGAAGAAUCUCAAGGGGAACUUAAAAAACGGUGGCGGGGAAGGAGUUGGGGUCAAGUUCCUCCCCGAGAAUGAUAUAUACGAUGAAGAAGAUCCCAUCAAGAGGAUGAAGAUGGACUCUUGUAGUAAAUCAGAGCUUCUUGAAAACCUUUCUAAAGACGGCCUCACAACCGCGUUUCAUAAUUAUGCCACUUACUCCGUCCCAGAGCUCCUCACAACCGAUGGUUUCUUUCCGAUAACAGACAGCAAAGUUACCAACAAACUUAUGGAACUGGAAGGGAGGAAAGACCUGCCCCUCAAGUCGGGCAUGGAUGAGGAAUGUUACAAUGAGCUGAAACCCCAAGUCAGUCACAAGGAGUCUCCAAUCAAGCGACCAAACCUCCUGUUCCCAACCAACAAUGACAACACCAUCAGUAAAAACUCUGCCAAACUUGGAGAUGAUAGGCUGUGUCUUCAUCCACACAUAAGUACAAGCGAAGAGCAGGAAUGCUGCUUCAUUCCAAACAAUCAACAUUUUUUGUCAGUCGAGCGGAAUCCGUUGCAUAUCAAGAAAGAGACGACACUGGAAGAGGUUGACCCUCGGAGGGGCCGAGAGGGGGAAAGAGAAUGGGACGACUACCUCAGGGUCAACCAGUCGCCCAUCAUGGACUUCCAAGGACAAUUUAAGAGCACUGUUGUAUGUGCAGUUUGUGGCCACAUCUCAAUCAUCUAUGAACCAUUCAUGUACUUGUCUGUUCCUCUACCACGUGCAAUGGAAAAACAACUCAUCGUCACAUUCAUUCCCAAACACGAUAAAAUUCCGUCUCGAUACCUGGUGACACUCAAUAAACUGGAUACAGUGAUGGAGCUGAGGCAGGCAGUGGUCAAAGUAGUUUACGCUGAUGGUCUUCCUGUGGACAAAGAGCUGAUCCUAGCCGAAGGUCUGGACCAUCAUAUCUCAAGAUUUCUGGAGGACGUCACCCAGUUGAGAUACAUCAACGACAGUUUCCGGUUAUUGUAUGCAUUUGAGGUUUACUCCAAAUCAGUUCUUGAAGAGCCAUCUCAUGUUGCUAUGGCAACAAGUGAACCUAUCCCGAGUAGUCUGGCCGAGCCUGACAUGGGAGCAGGGAGCAAUGAUGUAACAUUCGAUACCGCUAAUGUGCAGAAUGAAAGCGUUGACUUGCCACUUACAGCCGAGGGCGAUUUUCUCCCCACUGGUUCAGAAAGUGCCUUUGAGGCUCCAGGGACGUCGUGGGAUGACGUGUUAAUUUCCAGCCAAUACGCAGAGAAGAGCGGCAAUGAGGGCAGCAGCACUAUGGAUUUGGACUCUGCUGUUGCCUCAACGUCGAUGACCAAAAAGCAGGAUGUCUUCUCAAAUGUAUCGUAUUUUGACGUGAACGAUUUACCAUCGAUGGACACACAAAAUGGCAGCGUAUCAUUAAUGAGGAAAACACGGGGUUCCAACAGCAGCUUACAGGGUAAUGUUGAUCUAAACAGCCCUCAAGCAGUAUGGGGACCUAGCCAGGAUGAUGGUACCACAUGGAAUGAUGAGGUAUUUACUCCAGAGAGGAGUAGUGGUGGAGAUGGGGAUGCUAGUGAUGGGAAAACAGUGAUGAGUCAGUGGCAUUCCUGUGCAAUCUGUCUAGAGGAGUAUCCUGAACAUCAGUUAUUAACACACAAAGUCUGUGGUGGUGUGUUGUGUCAUGCCUGCAUGGAGAGAGCAGUCAAACACUACGGGCAGCAAGCAGUGGAUUGUCCGGUUUGCAGGAAAGAGAUUGAUCCCAGUCAGGAUUAUGUCAUCAUGCAGACAUCACUUACGGCUCGGCCUGCUAAACGGGUCUUACUACUACCGGUACUUUUUAGGAAUGACGUCACAGAAGAUAGUGAAACAAAGGGGGAGCUGUUCUCUUAUCCCAACGCAAUACACACUCACAAUGAGGUUAAUGGAGGAUGUUUAUACAGUGAAAUAGAGAGAAUGCUUCCAGUACAUGCCCCAUUCAUAGUCACUCUCACAGAUGGCAGGGGCAUCCAGUGUUCACGUUGUAUCUACAGCGUCCACUGCCGAGGCUGCCAACUAGUUCCAGAAGUAGACAUCACCCUCCAUUCUGAUGAUCACCUCACUGUGGUCUACCAGAACCUACCCACUGACGUAGUGGAGUCUGCCAGUCGUGCUUAUGAUGACAAGUCUGUUAUGGAGAUUGCUAGUAACAAUCCAUUAACUCUGAGGGAUUGCUUCAAAGCUUUUACUGAAAGUGAGGAUUUAGAUGAGCAUAACCCGUGGUUUUGUCCCAAAUGUUGUAAGCCCCAGUGUGCACGCAAGACCAUCGCUGUCUGCCGGUAUCCAGACACACUCAUUGUGUAUCUAAAAAGGUUUGUUUUCCACCAGUUUACAAGCACCAAGCUAGAGAAUAAAGUUACGUUCCCAGUUGAGGGUCUAGAUAUGUCAGAUUUUCUAUGUCCUGGUGUUUCCAGUGAUGAACUGAGCCUUGUGUAUGAUCUACAGAGCUGUGUUUGCCACUUUGGAGGCGUGAAUGCUGGACAUUACACUUGCUAUGUGCACAACCCUUACUCCAAUCAGUGGCAGUACUGUAAUGAUGAAACAGUCACUCAGCAGGAUCCAGCUGACAGUGACUCAUCAAGUGUCUACAUCUUGUUUUAUCAGAGAAGAGGACUUUCAAUUGAUUUUACGCCUCUGUCGCCUUCCGAGCCCAGUAAAUCCAUCUCCCCUCCCCCGCCUCCAUCACCUCGCCCCGGGGAUGCAAAGCAGACGAGGUCCUUCCCGAACAAAGCAUCCCUUCUACAGUCUGGGAUCAAUCGGUUCUUGUCGGAGCUCGACAAAGAUACAAAGGUGGAUAAAGAAAUCAAGGAAGUCACCCCAGAGACAACAGAUACUGACUUUGCCCAAGAUGACUCCCAAACAACAGAGGCCUAGAGGGUUGUCUUGAUUCUCUUAAUCAAACCAGUACCAUGUCAUAUAUCUUUUUGAAAGUGUGCAAUUGUAACUUCAAAUUCAAAAUGUUUAAUAGUCUUGCACGUAAUUUAGAGACUCAUGUGUGCAAACUUUCUUUCCUUGAACAUGAAAGCAAUGUACAUUGGUCGAACCAAAGCCCAGAACUAUUAAAGACUUUUUACACGAUGAGCGAACCUGUUUGCAGUUUGUAGGUCCACGUACAGCGUACAAGGUCCAUGUACUGUACAGUGUACAGAGUGAACUAGGUCCAUGUACAGUGUACAGAGUGAACUAGGUCCAUGUACAGUGUACAGAGUGAACUAGGUCCAUGUACAGUGUACAGAG